UGCAGCCUGAAAUAAGGGUGGGGAGCUGCUAGAGCUGGAGGGCGAGGGGCAAAGCUAGAGCUGUGAGACAAUCCGAUCUACAACUCGCCCCGCUGCAGGCAGGGCAGCCUGCCUCGGGAACGCUCUGGGGCGCUGCCGAGCGGGACUCCCUUGCAGCAGGGCUUGGAGCCGAAGUCGCUAGGGUAGCAACUAGAGAGGCAGGCUUGGAGUCUCCAUUGGUGAAAUGACCCCCUAACGGUACAGCCAACCUCAGGCAUUCAAAAAUCAGAUUUCCAGAGUGUAAAGUCUGGUGGUAUUGGAGGAUGACUAGAAGUCCCAGGGAUGUCUACACUUUAACUGAAGGGGCAAUGUGAUGACUCUUUAACACUUAAAGAGUUGGAGCAGCCCCAGAAAUCACUCCGGGCAGCUGGGGCCUCCAGAGCCCUCAUUCUUCUCUCUUUCAGCUGCACUGAAAUCUGCAAAAAUUCUUUGCUGCAAGAAAACCAGGGUUAUGUCAUCAGAAGAUGAUGUUGGUGGGGAGGCUCCUGGGGGCAGUUUUUGGGAGGCUGGUAACUACAGGCGGACAGUGAAGCGUGUAGAUGAUGGGCACCGUCUCUGUAACGACCUCAUCUCCUGCUUCCAGGAGCGAGCCAAGAUUGAGAAGAACUAUGCCCAGCAGCUAACAGACUGGUCCCGCAAAUGGAGGACUGCUGUGGAGAAGGGCCCUCAGUAUGGCACACUAGAGAAGACUUGGCACGCCUUCCUGACAGCCGCAGACAAGCUGAGUGAGAUUCAUCUAGAGGUGCGGAACCAUCUUGCUGGUGAAGAUGCAGACAAGAUCAAGGCCUGGCAGAAGGAGGCCUACCAUAAGCAGAUGAUUGGUGGGUUCAAGGAGACUAAAGAAGCAGAGGAUGGAUUCCGUAAGGCCCAGAAACCCUGGGUGAAGAAGCUGAAAGAUGUGGAGACCUCUAAGAAGAACUAUCACACAGCCCGGAAGGAUGAGAAGACUGCACAGACACGUGAGAACCAUGCCAAGGCAGAUUCCGCCAUCUCGCAGGAGCAGCUGCACAAGCUGCAGGAGCGUGUGGAGAAAUGUGCACAAGAGGCUGAGAAGUGUAAGGAUCAGUAUGAGAAGAUGCUGGAGGAGCUAAACCGCUACAAUCCCCGCUACAUGGAGGACAUGGAACAGGUGUUUGAGGGCUGCCAGGAGGCAGAGUGCAAGCGACUGUGCUUCUUCAAGGAGAUGUUCCUGGAUCUACACCAACACCUCAACAUCUCCACUAAUGAAAGUUUCCAUGCACUGUACCGGGAUCUGUACCAGGGAAUCGUGGCUGCAGAUGACCAGGAGGACCUGAAAUGGUGGCGCAACACACAUGGGCCAGGCAUGGCCAUGAAUUGGCCACAGUUUGAGGAAUGGACCCUGGAAACCCAGCGGCCAAUCAGCAAGAAGGCAAAAAGCAGUAAAAGUGCUGAAGAUGUGAUGCUGACCAGCAUUGUGCCCACACGGGAUGGUGUCUCUCAGACCCCUCCACAGACACGGCGAGGGUUUUCCUACCAAGCGGAGAAGAACAAUUUCUUCUAUGACACCCUGAGGGCAUCAGCCCAUGUGAACGGUGGGAAAGAGGACAUGUCGGAGUGGUCCGAUGACGACACUCCCAAGAAGUGCCUGGAUGCCAAUGGGCACGAGGAGGACGUAAAAGUACCAGGUGUACAGGUGCGAGCGCUGUAUGAUUACACAGGACAGGAGGCUGAUGAACUGAGCUUUAAAGCAGGUGAAGAGCUAAUGAAGAUCAGUGAAGAGGAUGAGCAGGGCUGGUGCAAAGGCCGGCUUUGCACUGGCCAGGUUGGACUCUAUCCUGCUAACUAUGUCAAGAGGGUGGGAUCAUGAUUGCUACUUUCAUCCUGAGGGGGUGUGUGUGUGUGUCUCACAUGUAUAUCAGCAUCUCCUGCAGAGGUCACCAGGUCACUGCUGGGCCCCUAACCCACAUCAACAGCAUAUGUAGCAAUUUCUGGACUCUCUGGGGACACUUAUUUCUUGUAAUCAAUGCUUCAUUUUAAAAUUCUAGAGCUGUAGAGAUUUUCUAAUAAACAAAAAUUGAGUAAAGA